AUGGUCUCUUCAUUCUUGGUUCGAUCAAGCUGCCGUGCCGUCCCCAGAAUUUCCCAACAGUACAAGUUGACGAGAAGAAGCACAAUCAUCCAAUCAUCCUUGUAUUCGUCGUCUUCCGCCAAAUAUCAAAAGUCGUACAAGCUAGAAGGAACUGGCGAAGGGACCAAGGUAGAAAUCACCACCAACACUGGGCAUUACUUGGCCACGGAUAUCCCCAAGCCCAUGGGCGGCAGGGAUACCGCACCUCAGCCAGUCGAAACCUUGAUGGCGUCCUGGAUGGGAUGCACCCAGGCCACGGCACUCUUUGUGGGACGGCAUUUGCCUGAACGAUUGUCCAUAAGUAAAAUGGAAUUUGACAACAUCGAGGCCUUUCGAGACGAACGAGGAGCCCUGCAAUUGCCAAUCGACACAACACCCGAAAUUCCGUCACGGAUCCAAAGGAUUACCGGCACAAUUCGAGUUUAUGAACGAAGAGGCAAUCCCAUUUCGACCGAACAAAUGGAAUUGCUCAAAGAACAGACUGAGAUUCGUUGCCCCGUUGCCAAUAUGAUGCUUGCAAGCGGAUGUGCGAUCGAUGUCGAGUGGGUAGAUGGAUCGUUUGCUGUGGUAUAG